CGUCGACUAUUAAUUAAUGAACGGGAACGACAGAGAAUGCAUAGUUUAAACGCUGCUUUGGAUCGUCUAAGAUCUGUUGUACCACACUAUCCUAGUGAUCGCAAGUUAUCCAAAAUUGAAACGUUAUUAUUAGCUCAAAAUUAUAUUGUAGCGCUAACAGAAGCGCUUAAUUCUGUUCGUGGUCCUCAA